UUACGGACUUGUAAACAAAUAUGGCGGACACUGGCAGCCGGAGUCCCUUGCGAUGGGGAGGCCCGAAGGACUGGCGAUCACAAGCAGAUGACUUGGCUGAUACGGGAUAUCAGAAUGAAGUGGAGGAGUGGGUAGAAUUAAACAGAAAGCUAAAACAGACUGGCCUACCUGGGAUAAAGCUGCUGCACCCAGCUGAUGUCACACUGUUAGCAGGAAGGACAAUAAGUUUGGAUACACCUAUGAGUAAAAUAAUUCGUGAGAAUUUGAUAUCACUGAUGGGGGACUGUGAGCAUAGACAAACACUCAUCCAGGAUCUUAUUCUCACCAACAACAAGCUUAAGGAUGAUGUAGAAAAGCAGACAUCUUUAGCUGAAAAAUACCACAGCAGAAUGAAAGAGUUUAAAAUUUUAUUGGAGAGUUCAAGGACUAGAGUGCAAGAACUUGAACAGACUGAAGACAUGAAGACAUCAUUUUAUGCUGACGAGGAAGAAAAAUUGCUUAACACCAAGAAUGCUAUACACGCUAAAUGUAAACAUCUACAGCAUAAAUGUCAGACACAAGAGCGGGAGAUAGAGCGGCUCAAACAGAAAAUGCAGCGUGUGGCAGAGGAGGAUGACAAAAGGACUGGUAGGCAGACACAGAUUUUCCAGGAAUUCAAAAAGAGGACUUCUCGGGCUCACAACACCAUGGAUGACAAACUUUUAGAUGUCAUAGAUUCCUAUGAGCAGCAGAUCCAGGGACUUCAGAAAGAACUUGACUUUUACAGAACACAAGAAUCUGUCCCUGUCCCGAGGUCGGUUCUUAAUGGGACUGGCACCCCCAACGGUAUCUUAAAGAAUGUUUCCAGGCCUGAAGUUGGAGAUUACAGAGUUGCACAGUUGAGAAUCAAAAAGUUAGAGAAAUUGUUGGCUAUUCACAGCAUCAGUGUACCGGGAGAGAAACCAUCUAAGGAUCCGUACCGACUGAAGAAGUCCUACAGCACGAAAAUGGAAGAUGUGGAGUAUCUGCCUCUCGAUAUCUGUCGCAAUUACCUCAGG